GUAUUAAUCCUAAUACUUAGCGCAAUUGCAAUAGCAGUCCAUGUGCUUGCAUUUUUAUUACCCAUUAUAUUUAUGGAACAUUUAAAUGAUGAUGAGAAGAUGCAUUUUGUACGAACAAUGCUUUAUCUAAAGAAUCAACUAUUUGCCCUUGCCUUAUUAUUUUCUUUUGUUGAAUUUUUGGACUUUCUUACCGUUCAUCAUUUAUUCGGCCCAUGGGCUAUCAUUAUACGAGAUCUUAUGUAUGACCUUCUCAG